ACUUCGGUGGCAGUAUAGGCUACAGUUCGUGUGGGCGGCUCCCGCGCGGCGGAUAAAAAGGGCGCUGCGGUCUGAAAAUCCGUUUUCUUGAAUCUUAAGAAUCACCGACGCCGUCGUUCGCUCAAACAGUCUAGCCUCCGUGUCUGCUGAUCAGUCUAUCUGGAUAUUUUCCUGCUUGGGAUCAGUUGCCGAGAAUAUUGGACAUGUGCACGUGGAACUAUGAGAACCCCUUUCCUUCCAACCGAAGUAAGAUAAAAUAGGAUUUUGUGCACAUUGGAUUAACCUCUCUCUUUCCUUAUGAAGAAGGCAAAAAUUUGGAUAACAGCUUGUGUCGGCAUCUUACUCUAUACCACGUUUGCUGCAUGUUCACGAGGGACUGGAAGUCAAAGAAUCGACGAUGAGGAAAGAAUCUCCUUGCUGAAACAGAAUAUACCGAAAAAUUACAAGAUCCCAGUGCGCUUCGUUCCCAGAAACACGAGCGGGAUGUGCUGGGUGGAACUCAACACGUUUCCCCUGGAGGAGAGCUUGAAGGCCCUGGCGAGCACGUUCGGAAACGUCUCCUCCAACCGGAUCGACAUCAACACGUUCAUCUACAGGCUCCAAAACGUGCGCUAUCGCAUACAAGCCACCAUGGAGACCACGAUGGAGGACUUCAAGUGCCACUACAGGAGGGAGGAGUGGCCGACGGAGGACUUCUUCGACUACGUCCGGGACUUCCUGAGCGUCGCCGAAUCGAAGGAGGCGGGCGAGGGGGGCGAGGAGUGCGAGUCGGCCCCCUGCGCGACGGCCGCGCCCGCCGCGCCCACCCAGCUCCCCGCGGAAGGACCUUCCACCACCUCCCCGGUGAAAGUGGCUGACUGUUUGCCAGCGUCAGACUGCCAGACAAGAGUGGAACGGCAGUACCUUCCGGAAGACGCGCAGAAAGGCCUGCUGUCCCUGUUCCUCGUGUCAGUAGCUGCGAACAUCUGUCUGUUAAUUUGGAUGGUAAGAGGAAGAAGACAACGCGGCCCGGAGAGAAACGCCGAGAGCGGACGCUUGUUCCUGGCGGCGGAGGAGAACAGGCCCCCGUCGAAUCACGGAACGUCGGAAAAGAACAGGUUGAACGCCGUGAAUGCGAUUUAAUCUCCCCCCGCUGCGAGAAAUUAGGUCACUGUAUUGAAGCUCCCUUCACAUACAAGAAAAAGAAAAAAAAAGCAGCUCAUUUCUUACUGUUCUGUGAAAUGAAGGACACGCUUUGGUUUUUCUCGUCUAAGAACUUCUCUCCGACUUUGCCACGGACUACCAGGACUGAGCGCCCAGACUCAUUCCCUUUCUUUCCUCCGGGGGGGGUGGGCGCAAAACCGACCGAAGAGGGGCGGGGCUUGGCGCGAGAGGGGCGGGGCUUCCUCCUCUCGGCCCUCGCAGGGCGACGGGCAGCGUGCGCCAGCUGUGGUUUUUGGGGGGGGGGAGGCGUGGCCGGACCACACCGCCGUUUGAGACGGACGGGCGACCUCUGACCUCUGCCCUGCCCGGCUGAAUUUAAGGGACCGUAAAGGAAUAAGAAAAAGUUUAAAAAAACGAAUAAUCUAAAGGCUGUUAGUGAGUGAGUGAACAGAUCCAGAAGAACUCUUCUGAAGUCGCUUUUCGUCGUCGAAACCUGCCGGACUACAAAUUCACCGCCCCCCGCGUUUGAACCUGGAAGAGUUUCAGCGGUGUGGGGUCGUCUCCGCUAGCAAAUCGUCACCAAAAUGGACAGGAAAUGAUAAACCUUUAACUGAUAUCGUUCUGGUUUUUUUUCUACGAGGAAUAUUAUUGUUUCGUGACUACCUCUAGUGGCCCUGGUCUUUUGUUUUUUUUUUUCCUCGUCGCGUACCGCAAUCACUGGCGCUAGCGACUGCUAGCGGCGGCCGCUUCGCGACUUUUUUCCGCGGACGACUUCAAAGUGCGAAUGUCGGAAUCGGGGCCCUCGUGGCGCCUGCACUGAUUCCAAAUCUUGAACUGUUCUGGUGUUGAGACUUUCUGCAAAAAGGGUUUUUUUAAACCGACAGAGCUACGUUUAUUUAUUUUUUCUCUUACGUACGGCUACAGCAAAGCUGAUGUCACAGCAGCUCGGUGGGAUGGGAGUGUUCUUUUACUUUUGGUCUGAAUUUAAACAAAAUGCGCCAUCACACGCUUAAGGCUCAUUGCUUUCAGCUUACACACAUUUUCACCGAAAAAUAUCCAGAUUUUUUAAAUAUAUAUAUUUUGAAAUGGAGCUUAUCGGUUUACACCAAUUUUCAUCGGUGCGUCAAAAGAACAUUGUUCCUGUUUGUGUGAUAUUAAGAAAAAAACUGUUCCCUUUUGGCGAAAUUGACCCCUUGUCAAGCCCCACCCAAGUCCCGCUCUCCGUAGCUACUGCUGCUAAUUCCGUGAAGCUUACGUUUCAGAAAGCGAGUUUCCACGGAAAGCCCACUAAGAGGACUCAUCAGUGAUAUUUAUCAGAUUGAACACAGGCUAUAUCCCCCUUGUUACUCAAGCGACUCCCGGGUACCUUCCAGCGUACUACAGCUACUGCAAUGCUCCUUGUUGCGUUUGACCUGUUUGACUUUAUACGUACACAUGCAACUAACUACACGCUUCGAGGUAAUCAAAUCAAUAAGCUGCUGAUUAUAAGCUGCAAUGAAAAGCAGUAAGAUUUCAAUAUUUGGAAUUAAAACUGAAUUUUCACCCCGACCUUUGCAUUGUUAUUUUUAAUGAUCCCAUUUUCACCUGGAUUUUUGUAUCAGGCCAUUAUUUCAACCGAUUUGAACCCGUUUCUAAAUAUUCAAAUUAAACACCAAUAAAUUUGUUGUUAAAAAAAAAAAAAAAAACUGAAAACAAUGAGCCUUGCCAAUAUAUUAUAUAUCCGUUAACAGAUAUAUUGUUAUGAAGCUUGGUCUUCAUUUGCUUUGGAUUGUCACACUGGUCAAGCAUCAAUUCUCAUUUGAGUGAGUUUUAAAUGUCUCGAAUACGCGCAUGCUAAUUCACUCUCAAAACUCGAGGGGAUUCGUCCUCGUCUUGUGCAGUUUCGUCUGCGACCGCGCUAAGCCUUGUUUGUUAAACGCUUUUAAGGUGAACGAAAGCUAUAGCCACUUCCUUUCAUUUCGAAUGACAUAAUAUAUAUACGAAGAGGGAUCAUUUUGAGAAAUGUGUAUGUUUAAGGGCACGAUGACAUUUUUAAGUAUAGUACAUACUGUACGCGCAAGAUGCACUUAGAGGUUUAUUUCUACUGUACUUGAGUGAGAGACUUGUGGAGACGUCGGUGGCCUAAUGCAAUGACCGUUAGUGCGCAAGCUUGUGUAUCAAAAGUGCAGUAAGCUUCACAGAGAAGAAAGUUAUCGUAUUUGGGGGAAACCUUCUCAGAACUUUGUUGCUAGCACUGUCAAAAAAUACAGUGACACAGGAGCAUUCUGUUGUUUUCUGGCUGAAUGCGUACAAAUGCAUAUCAGUCUGUUCUGAACUCCGAUUGGACAAAUACGCUCACGCCUUUUUCCGUUCAUAUUUGCCGAUAGCUGAACUCACCAAUCUUCUUUUGUGAAGAGGAAAAGAGAAAAAAAAAACAUUCCCGUAUUUGUGAAUAGAUGUUCAGGAUAAAUAUUCUCUGGAUCCUGGCCAAGUUCUGGCCCCCUUGCGUAUGAACACUUCCCUAAUGGACAGUCCUAGUGUCGCUGGGGUCCAUCUUUUGGACCUUUACCCCCUGAACAAAAAAGCACGUCGGCAACAAGACUUACUGCUGUUUUUGCAAGAUGUAAUAACGUAAAACACGCAGCAUAUAGACUGGGAAACGAUGCAGUUUAGACUGGACGUAAAUCGUCCGCCCAGAUAUUCAUUUCACUUUACUUUGCGUUGGUCAUAUGUCCAGUAUACAGCCAUUUAAUAAAGGACUUCAUUUAUCAUG